AUGCCAAGCGUAGAAUGGCUCCUACUGCCGCCGGUACUCAUGCCGACGGUAGUCCUGAUCAUUUAUCUAGUUUAUAAUUAUUUGCUCUUUCCAAUCCCUCGUUCAAUCGCUCACUUAAGGUUGCUCAACGGUGAGCCCGGGGAAUGGGCGCCACAUCUUCGGGCACUCUACCGGAAUACCUUGGAUCUCAAAAAGACGCUCCGCCUGCACCACACACAACACAAGAAUGAGACGGUCCGUGUCCCCAUCCUAGGGCCAGGCCAAAAUAAAUUGAUCUUGCUGCCCUCUGCCGAAAGAAAAUGGCUCGUAGAUCAGCCCGACUCCGUCGUGAGCAUGCAUGAGCAGACCAUCAAUCAUUUCCAAUGGGACCUGGGCACCAUUUACCCCACUCGAGAUCACAACAAAGUGACGAUCCACAUCAUAGCCACUAAGCUCACCAGGGAGAUCGGCAACCUGAUCCCGGCCCUCUCAAAUGAGCUGGAUCUUGCACUGGCCCAGCAUUGGGGCGACGAAGGCAGCACCGAGUGGAGGGAAGUGGGUGUCUACGACACACUGAGGCCUAUCGUGAGCCAGGCGAUCAAUCGCAUCUUCAUCGGAAAGAGGCAUUGCCGGAAUGGAAAAUUGCUCGACACCGGCUUCUCAUAUGCAAAAGUCAUACCUCUCGAGGCGAACCUGCUCUGGCUGCUUCCGGCCCCGUUGCGGCGCCUCCUAGCGCCUCUGAUGACGUUACCAUCCCGCUGGUGCGAGAGAAAAUGGUUCAAACUGACCAUCGACGAGGUUCACAGAAGACUGGAGGCCAGAGGCCACUCGCAAUACUCCAAGGGAUCGGGAACGAAGGAUUGGAAGCACGAUGGGGAAGAAGAUGAGGCAGACUUGUUGAGCUGGUACAUUGCGCAUGGAGAAUCACAGGGCGACCCGUACCUAUUGGACCCAGAAGUCCUUUCAGCGCGCAUCUUGCUUCUCAACGCCUUCGCACUGCACACCAACGUCUUUGCCAUUGUUCACAUGAUCCUUGACAUCGUUGGUUCCGGCGCUGAACAGGGUUCGAAGAUGGUCGCCCAGCUUCGCCAAGAAAUCAACGAAGUUCGCGCCGCUCACGGCGAAGAACAAGGCUGGAACAAGGGGUCACUGGCUCAGCUCGAGAGGCUGGAUAGCAGCUUCCGGGAAAGCCAGCGCGUUAACACCAUCCUGAGUUUGGGUCCCUUGCGUAUCGUGGGAAAGGACGGUGUCACGACGCCUUCAGGCGUCCAUAUUCCACAGGGCUACCAAGUCGGCAUUCCGGCGUACUCGAUCCACUUUGACACGGACAUCUACGGACCCGACGCGGAAACUUUCAAGCCGUUCCGUUUCUACGACAGAAGAAAGGACGCACGGGGAACUGGUGAUAAUCUGAAGGGAGCGAGGCAGGCGUGGGCCACCACGUCCGCGGACUACUUGUCCUUCGGGGCUGGCCUGAAUAGCUGCCCCGGUCGGUUUUUUGCAUCCGGCAUGUUGAAGGUACUAAUGGCCAACAUCCUGCUAAAGUAUGAGUUUGAGUUCAAAGACAAAAGACCAGAGAAUCUGUGGUUUGGGACCAACCACAUUCCGCCGCUCAAGGAAAAGAUUAGAAUCAGGCGACGGUCAGCGUUGUGA